AGACGAUCCAUUUUGAUCCAUUUUGGGGGUCUCAGGUCUUAUGGCUUGCUUUUUUUGGUCGGGAUUGAUUCCUGGCUGUUUUGCCGCUGUGCUUUGGGGGGUUCGUAGGGUGUCACGUGUAGAUCUGGGCCUCCAAGUCGGCGAGGCCAUGGCGACGCCGGUGCCGGGGCAGACGGUGGACCUGGGCGUCUAUGACCGGUUCCAUGUGCACGCGCAGAUGGAACAUUUGCAGACCAAGUACCACGGAACUGGUGGGGCCGACACCUCCAAAUGGGAAUGGGCCACCAAUAUCCACAGAGAUACGAUGGCUUCCCAUGUUGGCCACUACACCCGACUGGCGUACUUCGCGCUCUGCGAGAACGAGCCAGUGGCGCGAGUUCGGUUCAAUUGCUUGCAGGCAAUGAUUCAGCCAUGUGGGAAACCUCCUCUGAAAGACGACAUGGAGGACUAGCUGAAGUCAGAAUCGGGUCUUAGGUGUCACCGGUGUGUUUCGCGUGUGCUUGCGCAGUUGCAGCGGGCACUGCUGUGGUUAGCAACCAGAAAUGUGACAUAUAUGUGGCGGGAAGCAACCGCAUUGUGUUGGAAGUUUUGGAGGAAAA